AUGGUGGUUGACAAUGGUGGUGGUGGUGGUGGAGUGGGGGUGGGGGUUGUGGUGGGAUGGGGUGGGGUGGUGGGAUGGAGAGUUGGUGGUGGGGUGAAGAGGUGGGUGGAAGGGUGGGGUGGUGGGAUGGAGAGUCAAGAGAGUGCAUAUCAACUGUUUGAUAAUAUGCUGCUAAGAAAUUUCAAGCUGAAAAGCCACUAUAGCUUCUCCAGAGCAACUACUUUACCUGACCAAAUCACUUCACAAUUCCACAAAAGAUGCUGCCACACAACUCUGUCCAGUUCUCCUUCAAGCUGCAAUAAGAUAAUUGGAUUGCCAUCAAGUCAAGAGAGUGCACACGAACUGUUUGAUAAUAUGUUACUAAGAAAUUUCAAGCCGAAAAUCCACUAUAGCUUCGGUAUCCUCUCCAGAGUAACUACUUUACCGAACCAAAUCACUUCACAAUUCCACAAAAGCUUCAGUAGAACUCUCUUUGGAUUUUCAUCAAGUAAUUCUACAAAUAUUGGAUCAAAACAUGGCCAAUGUGUGUCUCUCUCAUAUCCUUCAUUCGUUCAAAACGUUGCCAAAUAUUGCACUUUGUUAGGUCAAGAGAAGCCAAAUGAACUGAUAAAUAAUGUUAAUGCUGCUACUACUAAUAGUGAUAAACAUUGCAAUGGAGACAGGCCAGAUGAACAGUUAGAUAAUCCGAGCACUUUGUUAGGUCAAGAGAGAUCAGAUGAACUGUUAGAUAAAGUUAAUGCUGCUACCAAUAGUGUUAGAGGCAAUGGAGAGAUGGUUGAUUUUACAAAUAUUCAUAUUAACAAGCUCCCAACGGUUCUAAUAAUGGGACGACCUAACGUAGGGAAAUCAGCAUUGUUUAAUCGUUUGAUACGAAGGAGGGAGGCACUUGUAUACAACACUCCUACUGAUCAUGUUACUCGAGAUAUACGAGAAGGUGUUGCUAAAUUGGGAAAUUUGAGGUUUAAGGUAUUGGAUUCUGCUGGUAUAGAAGCAGAAGCUUCUUCGGGUUCUGUUCUUAGUAGAACUGCGGAAAUGACGGGAAAUGUGCUGUCAAAAACUCAAUUUGCACUCUUGUUGGUUGAUGCAAGAGAUGGAGUGCAGCCUAUGGAUUUGGAUGUUGGAAAAUGGUUGAGGAAGAAUGCACCGGGAAUGAAGACUAUUGUGGUGAUGAAUAAAGCUGAAUCGCUCGAUGACUGUGAUGGUACUCUUGCAGCUGCUGCUGGUGAGGCUUAUAAUUUAGGAUUUGGCGAUCCCAUUGCUUUAUCUGCUGAGACUGGAUUCGGUAUGGCUGAACUUCAUGAAACUCUUAGACCAUUACUUGAAGAAUAUGUGCUCCAAAACAACUUAUGUGAUGAUGAGAUCCAGGAGAAUGAUGAGAAUGACUCCUCUGAGGAUAUGGAGUGUAAAUUGCCAUUGCAGUUGGCAAUUGUUGGGCGGCCCAAUGUUGGAAAGUCAACCUUGUUGAACACAAUCUUGCAAGAAGAUCGUGUUUUGGUUGGCCCUGAGGCUGGUUUGACUAGAGAUUCCAUCCGCGCUGAAUUUGAGUACGAAGGAAGAACUGUUUAUUUGGUUGACACAGCAGGGUGGUUGGAGAGGACAAAACAGCAAGAGAAGGGACCUGCGUCUUUAAGUAUUAUGCAAUCAAGGAAACACCUUAUGAGAGCACAUGUAAUUGUUUUGGUCCUCGAUGCAGAAGAGAUUGCAAAAGAUAGGCGAAGCAUGAAGCAUGUUGAAGUAGUUAUAGCAAGGCGAGCGGUAGAGGAAGGACGUGGUCUGGUUGUGAUUGUAAAUAAGAUGGAUCUUCUAAGAGGGAAAGAAAAUUCCAAAUAUUACAAGAGCGUAAUUGAAGCUGUGCCUCAAGAAAUUCAGACAGUUAUUCCCCAGGUCACAGGGAUACCUGUUGUAUUUGUUUCAGCUCUAGAAGGAAAGAGUCAGAUAGCUGUCAUGAAUCAGGUCGUCGAAACAUAUGAAAAGUGGUGUUUGAGAUUGUCAACAGCUCGUCUUAACCGUUGGCUACUCAAGGUCAUGAGCAGACAUUCUUGGAAAGACCAGGCAGCUCAACCGAAGAUCAAGUAUUUCACUCAGGUGAAAGCUAGACCUCCAACUUUUAUUGCAUUUAUGAGCGGAAAAACCAAGCUCUCAGAUACAGAUCUGAGGUUCCUAACUAGAUCUUUGAAGGAAGACUUUGACUUGGGUGGGAUACCAGUCCGGAUAUUGCAACGAACUGUUGAAAAAAAUGAUAGAACUAAAACCAGCAGCAAGAACAAGCAAUCAGCUAAUAGAACGAUCGAAAGGGCUGUUUCUGACAAAAGAACAAUCCAUGCUGGAGACCUAAGUUGCUCGGACUCCAGUGGAGACCAGCUGGACGAAUUUGGGGUCUCUAAUUAAACAUAUGUGGAGUGCAAUGGGUUAUGCCUUAUAGUAUAAGAGAUCUAUUAGAAAGCUGCCAAAGUCAGAAAGUGGGCAAAAGAAAGAAGAAACUCUGGAAAAUGAUCCCCGUUUGCAUUAUGUGGACCAUUUGGUUGGAAAGGAAUAGAAGAUGCUUUGAAGGCAAAAGUUCUCAUAUUUCUGUUGUGAAGAAUAGAUGUCUGCCCAAAUUUACAUCUUUGGGUGUAAGGAAAGUAUAGUAAGAAACUUAGUAAGAAACUUAUUUCAGUAUCUGGAGAUUUUGGAUAUGCUGAGUUGAUUGUAACAGCUAUCCCAGAUUUCUUAGCUUGUACUUUAUGUACCUUCUUGGUACAUUUUUCAAUAAAAUUAACCUGUCUUAUCAAAAAAAAACAGCAGCACCACUUGAAUUAUCCACUUUGGGUUGGGUGCCCUUGUAAAUUCCCUCCGCCAUUGUCUCAAUUCUUUUCUCCAUUUUAUCCUAUCUUAGACUAUAAUCGUCUUUAUUUUAUGCUUAGGUGAAUAUGUCAAGGAAGUUAAGUUUCCCUUUUUAUUUGAAAAAGGUUUUUCCAGUGGCCAACCGAAGGUUUUGUGCCACACUUUUAUAACGACUUUAAUGUUAAGCAUCGUGGUCCAGAACUAAGAUUAACUCUUUUGGCCAGGAACUAAGGCUUAGAAUGAGCAUAACUUUCGGCAAAUUCUGAAAGAGAUGAAAGAAAUAAGCUAACCUGCUUAUAACUGGUUGUUGUAUGACCGCAAAGAAUCACUUUGGAGUUGGGCAAGGCAUAAAUUUGACGAACAUGUAAAAAGUGAUGAUGCUACAAAUAACAUGACUGAGUCUUUCAGUGCUUUUGUGGUAAAAGUUAGAGAGAAACCAGUUCUAACUUUAUUGGAAUGGUUUAGAAGAAAAACUAUGACUAGAUUUCAACAAAGAUAUGAAAAAGCUUUUGCUUUGGACACUCUGAUUCCACCAAAAGAGAGAAAGAGUUACUCAAAAUCAGGAGGGAAGAAAGUUGAUUUGUUUCAGGACUAAUGAAUACUUGUUUGAAGUGCAAUUCUUGAAAAAUUAUGUGGUGGAUUUGAAGAAAGUGUCAUAUCAAUGCAGAGAAUGGCAAAUAAUUGGAGUGUCGUGCCGACAUGCUAUAUGCUGCAUGACUCAUAUUACAUAGGAUCCUACCAAAUUUGUUCAUCUUCUACUCACUAAAGAAUUCUAUGUGAAGACUUAUUCUAGAAAAAUCAAUCCAGUACCGGACGAG